CCUCUUUGGUACAUAAAGCAUCUUCACUUUGAUGUGAACUUCCACUCUUUGCAUCUCUACCGCUCUGAACCACUGGGACUGCCAGCAUGUCUACAGUCUGUGUGAGGUCACUCUCAGAGACAGCCGAGCACAGACUCAACAAGCAGGAGCAUCCCUAUGAGGACACCGAGAUGGACAGUCAGAAGCUCAGAAGCUCAGACGACAAUCAGCAAGAAGAACUGGGACAAAAGAAACCACGCAGGAAAGACACGCCUGUGCUCAACUCUCCUCCUCUCAUACCAGGGGUAAGGUUAAUGAAAGGGGAAGCACGUCUGAUUCACUUGGAAGAUGAAGAAAAGGAGACAAAGAAAUAGCUGAAUUUUUAGACUUUUAAAAUGGUGUGGUUAUUGUUACCAUGAUUUGCUCUGUGUGUGUUAAAGUCUGUGACAUUUCUAUGGUUAAUUUAAUGUUUCACAUGUUUACAAAUUUCUGCAACCUUGUUAUGUUGAACAGUUUUGUUUUAUUCUGAAUAUUGUAAGAAAAAGCAUAUUUGGUGGCCUA